UACUGCUUCUCCCUCUUUGUAAUAAAAAUUUGGAAUCCAGGUGUUUCAAACCAACGAAUAAGCGGACUUUUGGUGACUGGAUGGCAGAAUAUUAAACCAUUCAAUGCAGAUGUUUGUGAGACUGCGUCUUGUGAUACUGAUAAUUCAACUCUUAGUUUGUGA